AUGAGUUUGCACAAGGCAAGAAUAAAAGCAUUUGAAGAGAUCUUGGAAGAAGCUGUUAUUGAUUUUGAAGAACUCCAAAAAAUAGCAUUCAAUGGUAUUCCAGAUGAUAAAGGUCUACGUUCCAUAGUAUGGAGAAUAUUGCUGCAUUAUUUACCUAAAGAAAAAAAUGCAUGGGAAACAACACUUUUAAAAAAAAGGCAACUGUAUAAACAAUUCAUAGAUGAGAUAAUAGUAUCCCCUGGUGGACCUACAGACCAUCCCUUGAAUAUUAGUCCUGACAGCUCAUGGAGCACUUAUUUCAAAGAUAAUGAAGUAUUGUUGCAAAUUGACAAAGAUGUUCGAAGACUGUGCCCCGAUAUUUCUUUUUUCCAAAGCGCUACAGAAUUUCCUUGUGUAGAGAUAGUAAACAGCAAUGGAACAAAACGCUUGCAUAAACGUGUUGAGCAGUCAGUUCUUAAGUAUUCUACAUUGGAGAGGAGAGGUCUUGGAGUUGCAAAGUUGAGCAAUGAAAUAAAGCGUUCGGAUAAUAUCACAAGUGGUGACUAUGCUCCUUUAAAAGAGGGCUGCGAAGCUCACUGGGAGGUUGUAGAACGAAUGUUAUUUCUCUAUGCCAAACUUAAUCCUGGCCAGGGCUACGUGCAAGGAAUGAAUGAGAUUAUUGGGCCUAUAUACCAUACUUUUGCAAUUGAUGCUAAUAAGGAAUAUCGGCAACAUGCUGAAGCAGACUGUUUCUUUUGUUUCACGAAUCUCAUGGCGGAAAUCCGCGAUUUUUUUAUUCGGACUUUGGAUGAAACGGAAAGUGGAAUCAAUUAUAUGAUGUGCAAGUUGAGUGAUUGUGUUAAGAAGAACGAUCGCUUAGUUUGGGACCAACUGGAGCGACAGGAGUUAAGACCACAGUACUAUAGUUUCAGAUGGCUGACAUUAUUAUUGUCUCAAGAAUUUUCUUUGCCAGACGUCGAAAGAAUAUGGGAUACCUUAUUUGCCGACUCGCAAAGAUUUGAUUUUCUUAUUUACAUUUGCUGUGCCAUGAUUUUAUUAGUAAGAGGCAACCUGCUGCAUGGGGACUUCGCUUCAAACGUAAAGUUAUUACAGAGUUUUCCACCUAUGGAUGUCUCAUUGAUAUUAAACAAAGCUGUAGAAAUUUCUACCCGGUUAUCCCAAAUU